AUGCUCCAGCAACUUGCAGUCCUUGCCUCGGCCCUGGGCCUUUGCCAUGCGACAACGCAGAUCGUCACCGGCGCCACUCUUUUCGUCGGAGACGCUUCCCCCAUUGUGAGCACCUCCUAUGCCCAGUUUCAGGGCAAGAACGACGACAACACCAGAACCUCAAACUAUCUAGGCAUUUCAUAUGCUACAGCAGCCCGGUUCAACCACUCGGUACUGGCCGAGACGUCCGUCUCCGGCGUGCAGAAUGUCUCAGAGUACGGCGUCGUCUGCCCGCAGCAUGAGCUCCCCUCAUCCAUCGACCCGUCCGUGCUACCGCUAGGCAGUUUGUCUGGCGUCCUCGUUGCUGCUCUGUCGCAGUCCACCCUCACGCAGGGCGAAGACUGCCUCUCGAUCAACAUCCAUGUGCCGCAAAACACCAGCAGCACUGCCGGCCUGCCUGUUCUCCUGUGGAUCCACGGCGGUGGCUUCGAGGCGGGCGCGGGGGGUUCGCUGCUGGAGGCCGAUGUCGAGAACCCGGGAGUGAUCUACCAGGCCACCAACAUUGUCGAGCGUAGUAUCGCUAUGGGCCAGCCCAUUAUUGUGGCCUCCAUCAACUACCGCUUGAACCACUUUGGCUUCAGUGCCUCUGAGGAGUUGGCGGCUGCUGGCCUGCUCAACCUGGGCUUCGAAGACCAGAGGAACGCUCUGCGCUGGCUGAACAAGCAUAUUGGUUCCUUCGGCGGAGACGCCGACAAGGUCACCAUCUGGGGCGAGAGCGCGGGCAGUUGGUCAGUGGCCGCUCACCUGGUGGCCAACGGCGGCGACAACGAGGGACUCUUCCGAGCCGCCGUCGGCAGCUCGGGAGGCCCGUUGAAGGUCGAUGGCCCCGAGAGGCAGCAGAGCACCUUUGACUCCCUCGUCAGCUACGUCGGUUGCAGCAGUGCCACGGAUAAGGUUGCGUGCCUGCGGGAGGUCGAGUACAGCGAAAUCUACGCACACAUGCAGACAGUGCCGUACUUCCUGGGCUACAACAGCUUGGCCUCAUCAUGGACUAUCCGCCCUGAUGGUGAUGUUUUCACUGACAGCCCGGACAAGCUUGUCAGCGCGGGAGCUAUUGCCGACGUUCCUCUGCUUUGGGGUGACAUGCGCGACGAAGGCACUUUGUUCUCUCUGAUCAACGCCGCCAACACCACCACCGACGACGAUGUUAUGGACUACUUCCUCAAGACCUGGUGGCCCAACGCUACUGAGGCCCAGCUCGAGCAGAUCCUGACUCUGUACCCCGACAACCAGACGGCCGGCUCGCCUUUCGGCACUGGCGACAACAACGCUCUGUACACUCAGUUCAAGCGUAUCUCCGCCAUCACUGGCGACUACAGCUUUGAGUCCCAGCGUCGCCAGCUGAUGAGCGCCGCUCCGGGCAACAAGUGGAACUACCUUAUCGAGCAGGCUCUGCCCGCAUCGGUUUUGGCCGGCACGGCGACCUUGGGAGAGAUUACCGAGGCCGACUACGCCGACUCUGAUGCAUUGGAGGCGGUCCCGUACCUGGGCAGCUUCCACGCCAGCGAUGUGGUGCUCAACUUCUUCGGUGCGCUGCCCAGCAACAACUCGCGCCAUCUGAUGGGCACCCUGAUUUCGUUUGUAAACAACUUGGACCCCAACAAGCAUGACAUGACCGAUGUGCCCACUUGGCCGCAGUAUGACUCGUCUAGCAAGUCAACGAUGCUGUGGAGCGAGAGUGGCGCUGAUGUUGUGGCUGAUGAUUAUCGCGAGGAGGCCAUCACCUAUCUCAACGAGAUUGGCGAUUCCCUGCGCAUUUAG